AUGCAAUCCGACGAUGGUUUGAUUGAGGAUGUGUUAGACGGAGAGAUGGAUUUGGGUUUUAUGGGAACUCUAGGAAUUCAUAAUGUGUAUGAAGCACUUGAUCCAUGUGUUAUGAAUCCAAUUCAUGAAAAUGUAACUCAUGAGAUAUAUGCAUAUUCCCAUGGGAAGUUUUCAGUAGCGACUCACGGUUCAUUUGCACUGCAGAAGAUACCAAACAAGUUCACUAGCAAAUAUGGUGGUGGUGUGAAAAAUCCAGUGAACCUGAAGCCUCCAGAUGGCACUCAAUGGAAAGUACAAUGGACUCAGCAUGAUGAUCAGAUUUUAUUUGAAAAGGGUUGGAAAGAGUUUGCUGCUUAUUACUCUCUGGAUCAUGGCCACUUGAUGCGGUUUGAGUACAAUGGAACUUCUUGUUUUGAGGUACACAUACUUGACAUGAGUGGCCUUGAAAUACACCAUCAUUUCAAUAACCGGAUCAACAAUGAUUCGGUUGAGACUUUGAAUGAGCUACCACCACAAUGUUGGGGCAGAGAGCGGAAAAGAUUGAAAAUACCAUUAUCAUUAUCAUUGCCUUUUACAAUUUUUGAGCCUGGGACCUGUGGUUUUCGAUGUCUGGAAGAAGCUCAGAAGUUCAACUCAGAAAAUCCCUCUUUCAUGAUCAAGCUAGUGAAAAGUAAUCUACAGAGAUCAAGGGCUAAUUUUAAAGCUUCCUUCUACACAAAGUAUUUUGAAAACAAUGAGCCGGAUGUAGAGAUACGGUACGAAGGCAAGUUGUGGCCUGCAAAGUUGCUCUGUUACCCCGCAGCAGCAGCUGCCUAUAUCUCGAAUGGUUGGCGGCCUUUUAGUCUUGAGAAUGCUUUAAAAGUUGGAGAUGUUUGUGUCUUUGAGUUCAUUAGUGGGGAAAAUCCAGUCCUUGAUGCUCAUAUUUAUAGAGCCAAUGGUUAA